AUGGUCUUGCUACACAUGGAGAGGAACAUUAUGGUUGCAAUCAACAUAAAAAAACUUCGAGAAAGAGUUCCAGUGUUGCUAAAGACAAGAGAAUACACACUGAAGAGCAACCUCAUGAGUGUCACGAAUAUGAGAAUCCACACUGAAGAAAAACCUCAAGAAUGUCACGAAUGUGCUAAAGGUUUUAGUGUACACUCUUCUCUCAUUAAACAUCAGAGGAUCCACAGUGGAGAGAAACCUUAUGAAUGUAAUCAAUGCGGAAAGACUUUCAGAAAGAGCUCCAAUAUUACAGUAUGUAAGAGAAUCCACACUAGAGAGAAACCUUAUGAAUGCAGUCAAUAUGGAAAGGCUUUCUCAUGGGGGGCCCAUCUUACUAGUCAUCGCAAAAUCCACACUGAAGAGAAACCUCAUGAAUGUCAUACAAUCCACACUGGAGAAAAACCUUAUGAAUGUAAUCAUUGUGGAAAGGCUUUCGGAUUUAGCUCCAAUCUUGCUUCACAUAAGAGAAGCCACACUGCAGAUAAACCUUAG